AUGCGUUUCUCUGUCGCCGCUGUUCUGGCUUUUGCCGCCACUGCCUUUGCCCAGGCCGCCGACUUCGACCCCAUCUACACCCCCAAGUCUGGCGAGACUAUUGUUGCUGGCUCUCCUUAUACUAUCACCUGGGACGCUCCCGCCAAAUACCUUGAUGGUACCGUCAAAAUUGAGCUGAUCGGUGGCGCUACCCAGAAUACUCAGGUCAAGCUUGCUGAUAUCGCUUCCGGUGUCAAGAACAGCGCCAAGACCUACACAUGGACGGUCGGCGCUUCUCUCGGUGACAAGGCUGUAUAUGGUCUUGUCUUCCGCCUCGAGAGCCAGCCCGACACCAUCUUCCAGUACUCCAACCCUUUCCAUAUCAAGGCAUCUGGCAGCCAGCCCUCUGGCAGCUCGAGCGGCAGCAUCACCAUUACCACGUCUUACGGCACCAAGACUGUGACUUUGUCUACUACCAGCACUCCAGUCACUAGCACUGCCGCCGCCAGCACUUCCGUCGCGACGACUUCUGCUCCCGCCACAACCAGCACUCAGUCCAAGACCACCAAGUACAACACCACCCUUCCUGCCAACACCACCACCACUUUGGUUUUCAAGACCUCAUCCAGCCAGUCUGCUCCCGUUGUCAUUUCCAGCACUGCUGUUUUCAAGCCCACUACCACUGCUCCCAGUACUAUUGCUACCCCUACUGCUGCUGCCAACGCCGUUCGCGUCGGCUCACUCACCAUUCUGGGCGUUGUUGCCGCCGUUCUUGCUCUGUAA